AUGGCACCAGUCACGAGAAGAGCGGCCAGGAAGGCCUUGACUCCUUUAAUCUCGACUCCUCCAGUUCUGACAACACCCGAGGUUCUAGAAAUGAUUCUGCUUCAGACCGAUAUGCGCACUCUUCUGACAUCUUGCCAACGAGUCUGUCGAGACUGGCAUGAUCUAAUCACCACGUCACCAUCGAUUCAAAAGUCCCUCUUCUUCACUCCAAUCAAAGAAUCCGAAUGGGGCGCGGGAGAAAAGCUCCCCAAUCUACUGCUAGCAGCGAUGUUCCCUACCAUUUUUCCUGCUAAGGGCGACCCACGCAAGCGAGAUUUUCACUUUUCCGAUUGCGCGAUGGCCAAAGAUGCCGAUGCUUGUGCAACAACCUCCUAUCUUUGA